CGUCCGAUCCUGUCAUUCGAGCACAGUUGAAAGAUAUUUUCUUACGUUGCGAAGCCUACUAUUAGCUAAAAUGCAGUAUUCCAUUUUUGUCGUUAUAACAGCUUUGGUGAGCGUGGCUUCAGCCCAAGUGUGGCUCCUACCUGACGGAAAAGAUAAAGACCUAUUUAGCAAUGUUUGGGGCAGAGCACUUCGAAACAGCAAUGGUGUUACAUGGAACAAACCAGUGGGUAACGGCAAUGUCUUCGGCACUCUGGGCAGCAACGACCAGGGGCUAUUUGGCAAGGCAGGUUACCAAGGCACCAUCUUCAAUGACGCGCGGGGCAAGAUGGACGGGCAGGCGUACGGUACCCGGGUUCUGAGCCCAGCUGGGGACACUAGCAACUUCGGGGGCAAGCUGAACUGGGCCAAUGAAAACGCUAAAGCCUCCGUGGACAUCAGCAAGCAGAUUCAUGGAAAAACCACUGUGGAAGCGAGCGGUGCGGGAGUAUGGAAAGUAGACAAGAACACGCAGUUGUCAGCUGGAGGCUCCUUGUAUCACGGCGGCAGCGGCAAGCCCGAUGUCACUGUCAACGCGCAGAUAGAAAGCAAAUUUUAAAGCCCAAGAAGUAGCCGAGGGAGCUGUGUCGCACACCGGCGACAAGCCAAACAUCACCGGCAACGCGCAAAUAGAACGCAAGAUCAGAGGGCCUACCGCGAACUACGUUCGACGUGUUGCCUCUCUGUCGCACUUGUAAAUUCGUACGUAAGUGUGACAGGGUGGCAACACGUCGAACGUGGUUCGCGGUAAGCCCUCUGGCCCCAUAGGUAACAUGCCAAUCGCUAACGCUCCGUAGCGAACGAAACGCAACUGUCACUGUCACACUAAUAUGGAAGAGUGAUAGAGAGACACAAAGCGAUUCGAUGGCGAAGCGAUUGUCACAGUGCCUAGGCCAAUGCGCAGUAAAACGAAAUUUCCAGCUGACCGCGCCGUGUCAUAUGUAGGUACAGUAAGCUGCAGAGAUAACUGGCCCUCCUGCAUAGGAACUUUUUUGGAGCGGAGGGUCAGUUAUCUCUGUAGCUUACAGUACAUCGACAGCCGAUGGCUGCACGCAAGCCGGCGGCACCGCACAAGCAGAGCACAAAUUUUAACAUGCAUAUUCAGUGUGCUAAGAUUUAAAAUGUGCAACUUGCAUAUAAAAUGUGAAUCUAUCUGCAGUUAGAUUUAAAAUGUGUAUUGCUGCAGAGACUAACACUUGUAUAGAUUUUGCUUUACCUCGAUAUUAAAGAUAAGAUACAAUAUACUAAAUGUGCCAACGAGGUGAAAAUACUGCCGUUAGAUAAAUGUAAAUAGGAUUAAACAGUGUUAUAUUUCAUAGUUUUAACUAAGGCAAUUUUAUUAGUGUAUCGUUUACAUUAAUAAUAACAUACUAAUCCUAAGCCAUACUCUCAAAGACUGUUCCUAAUGGAUUAAAAAUAAACUUUAUUUAAAAAACUA